GACGAAGGCACUCUGCACUGAGACCAAUUUACCUUCCUUGUUUGAGCUCACAGAAGGAAGUGGCCAAAAAAAUAAAAAUAAAAAUAAAAACAGAGAUAACAGCACUGCUGUGCUCUACUUAACUGAAGAGGCCUGUGCAAGGUUUUAAAAUGAAAAUGGCAGCCAACAAUCUGACCACUGUUUUGAAUGACAGCAUGGCAUCAAACACAACAAAGACAGACCCGGACACUUGUGGCCUGUUCGAAGUGCCAGCCCAUCCUUUUUUCAUUUUUUUCUACUCAGCAGUCUGCCUCAUUAGUUUGGCACUGAACGCCAUCACCAUUCGGGUGUAUUACUGCACCACUCUACGAUUUCAGUCCAGUGUCACCAUUUACCUAAAGAACCUGGCUGCAGCUGACUUCUUCCUCUGCCUUGUUCUGCCACUGCGCAUUGCCAACUAUGCUAGCAGAUCAACAUUGAUGCAUCACAUUUACUGCAAUUUUGGCGCUGCAUGUUUGUAUCUCAACAUGUAUGCCAGCAUUCUCUUCAUGGAUUACAUUGCUGCAAACAGAUACCUAAAGAUUGCUCAUCCAUUCAAGUCUCAUGCACUGCAGACAGCCCGUGCUGCACGCUGCAUCUCCAUUAUAACAUGGACUUCCUUAUCUUCAAUGGCUUUAAUUUACAUUGUCGUGUUUCUGAGCACAUCCUGGGGAACUGCUCCAAAUCCGCAUGCCAUCGGCUGCGAGUCCUUACACAGCCAUCAGACCAGCACAGUCUAUAAGAUCAUCCACUGCGUUUCUGCACUCAUCUUCACCAUUGUGCUCGUGUCCCUGAUCCUAUUCUAUUGGGCCACAGUGCGGAGGCUUCAACAUGCCCACCCCCCAGUACAGACCCAAAGGUGCCACCAUAAACUGAGCAGGUCUAAGCGGAACAUGCAAGUGCUUGUGGUGGUGUUCUGUGUGUGCUUUGUGCCCUACCACCUAGUGAGGCUUCCUUAUGCCUUCCUAAAGCCCCUGUUUCAUGGAUGUGGUACUACAGCCAAGUUGUUUUACAUUAUUAAGGAGAUCACAGUCCUGCUUUCAGUGCUCAAUGCUUGCAUGGAUCCAUUGAUAUAUUUUGUCUUUUGCAAGGGAUUCCGGGAACAAAUGGGCAUCAGAAAAGUCCAAGUGCUCACUCGGUUAAGGUUGAGAAAAGUCUCAAGAGAUACAAGGAAACAAAGCAACACAGAGACUGGGGAUUCAUUUGCUACCAUGAGACAAGAAAGUGCCAUUCAACUGCAGAAUAUCCACUUGUGUGAGACAGAACUGCAACAUAUCGCAUCAUAAAUUAAAAAUAACAAUGGUAUUCAGCAAUGAAUACAGAGAUAGUUUACCAAAAACAUAACCCCAAAUCAGAAAACAUGGGGACGAUAUGGAAAAUGAAGAUUAAAAGAAAGAAAGAAAGAAAGAAAGAAAGAAAGAAAGAAAGAAAGAAAGAAAGAAAGAAAGAAAGAAAGAAAGAAAGAAGUGAUGUCAAACUUUACUUUGACUAAUAGACAGUAUGAAUCCAAGAUAUUUCAUGUUUUGUCUGGUCAACUUCAUUUCAUUUGUUAAAAUACAUCCAUUCCUGUGUUUCAAGCCUGUAAUACAUUCCAAAAAAAGUUGGCACAGGGACAAUUUAGGGCUAGUAAUGAGGUAAAACAAUUAAAUAAUGAUGGGAUUUGAAACAGGUGAUGUCAACAGGUGAGUGUAAUCAUGAUUUGGUACAAAAUCAGUUUCCAAAAAAGGACUAGUCUUUGAGGAGCAAAGAUAGGCUGAGGAGCUCCAGUUUGUCAACAAAUGUGUGAGAAAAUUAUUGAUAUCUUUAAAAACAACGUUCUUCAAAGAAAGAUCUGAAGGGAUUUGGAUAUUUCAGCCUCUACGGUGCAUAACAUCAUUAAACAGUUCAAGGAAUCUGGAAGGAUUUCAGUGCGUAAAGGGCAAGGGCUCAAGCCUAAGCUGAAUACCCAUGAUCUCUGAUCCCUCAGAUGGCACUGCAUCAAGAACCGUCGUUGAUAUAACCACAUGGGCUCAGGAUUACUUUUGGCAAACCUUUGUGAAGCACUACAGUACAGCGUUCCAUCCACAAACGCUAGUUACAAUUUACUGUGCAAAAAGGAAGCUUGAAAUUAACUGUGUCCAGAAGUGCUGUCAACUUCUCUGGGCUUGGCGGCAUCUGGGAUGGACCAUCACACAGUGGAAACAUGUACUGCGGUCAGAUUAAUCAGUAUUCCAGGCCUUUUUUUUUUCGGAAGAAAUGGACACCAUGUCCUCUGGACCAAAGACGAAAAGAACCAUCCAGACUGUUACCAGCAACAAGGCCAAAAGCCAGGGUCUGUCAUGGUAUGGGGUUGUAUCAGUGUCCUUGGCAAAGGUAACUUACACUUCUGUGAUGGCAGCAUUAAUGAAGAAAAGUAAAGUCCAUUGUGAUUUUGGAGCAACAUGUGGUGCCUUCAAGAUGACAUCUUUUCCAGGGAUAUUUCAACAAGACAAUGCAAAACCACAUUCUGCACACAUUACAAAGGAAUGGCUGUGGAAGAACAGGGUGCCUGUCCCCAAUAGAGAAUGUGUGGCGAAUUUUGAAUCGUGACAGUGAUGACCCCUUACUGUUGCACACCUUAACCCUACAUUCACACCAAAUGUGGUGAGAGCGAAUUUGGCCCUGCUAAUCAAAUCAGAUCAAAUCAAGUUUAUUUGUACAGCGCUUUUAACAAUAAACAUUGUCGCAAAGCAGCUUUACAGAAUUUGAACGACUUUAAAACAUGAGCUAAUUUUAUCCCUAAUCUAUCCCCAAUGAGCAAGCCUGUGGCGACGGUGGCAAGGAAAAACUCCCUCAGACGACAUGAGGAAGAAACCUCGAGAGGAACCAGACUCAAAAGGGAACCCAUCCUCAUUUGGGCAACAACAGACAGCCUGACUAUAAUAUUAACAGUUUUAACAGGUAUAACCCUCAACUGUCCUCAUGGGGCCGUCCUUCACAGGAGUGGGGCGAUAAAACUCCGACCAGACACAGGGCACCAGGAUGGAUCAAGCAGGUCCGAGGGGCUGAAGAGGCCAGCAUCUCAAUCCCAGGAUCAACAUGUAACUCAGAGGGACAGAUUGGGGGGGAGAGAGAGAGAGAGAGAGAGAGAGAGAGAGAGAGAAAGAAAACACGUUGUUAGGUAUGCCCUAAAAAUGACAAGUAUUAAAUCUGUGUGGUAGGCUCGCAGAGACGAGAGUCUUUACAUCAGGCAUAACACACAAUGGCAUGUUAAUAUGGUAAAAUAUAUCAUGACCUGCUCUGGCUGGAUGCUUGAUUGGGUGAUGG